AUGAUGCCCAGAGGUUUACGGAGACUCGUGCACCUGGUGCUGUUUUGCCCUAUGUCGAAGGGGCUGCAGGUGGGACCACUACCUGAGAUUUGGCUGCGUUUUUUUACCCUAUAUGCAAUCAGAUCGUCACAAAUAAGAGUAUUCUCUCUCUAUUUACAUGUACAUCAUUUAGCAGACUCUCUUAUCCAGAGUGACUUACAAAUUGGUGCAUUCAACUUAUGAUAGCCAGUGGGACAACCACUUUUUUUCUUAUUUUUUUAUGAGGGGGGGGGGGUAGAAGGAUUACUUUAUACUAUUCCAGGUAUUCCUUAAAGAGGUAGGGUUUCAAGUGUCUCCGGAAGGUGGUCAGUGACUCCGCUCUCCUGGUGUCGUGGGGGAGCUUGUUCCACCAGUUAAAAAUGUUACUUUGUAGAUGCCCGUCUCUGAUAUGUCACUACGGACAACAGUAAAUACAGGUUCCAAUGGCUCAUUGAGUUAGAGCAUGCUGCUGGCCAAAUCAGGGUUGUGAGUUUUCUUCCCGCAAUGGCCAUGCUGUCAAUGCUGAUAGUUCUGUAUUUCGCAUUGGAUAAAAAUGUCUUCCACAAGACCAUAUUAUAUUAUUAUAAUGAUUGCUUAGAUUUGUCAGUGUCUUUCUGGCCUAAAACCCCUCUCUUCCUUAGUAUGUGUGUCUUGUUUGGGAUAAACAAGAAGACACAUUUUUGUAGGACUGUGGACUUUGGUCAAUGAAUAAUCUUCUCCUCUCCUGUGUAGAGUCGUCUCCCGGCGUUAAAGGUGAAGUACCUGCUGCUGGCCUGGCUGGGGAUCCUGGUGGCCAGCUGGGUCCUCUACAUGCAGUACGCCUCCUACUCAGAGCUCUGCCGAGGACAUGUCUGCCACAUGGUCAUCGUAAGUAUGAAACAGCAUGAACACCCUGACACCUCUCACGAAGGAAGGAGAAAGAGAGAGUGGGAGUAAGGGAUCGGAAGAAAAUAUAAAGGGACUGGGAGGAAGGGGGCAGGUGUGCUUUAGCCCACAACACCUUGAUGAAACACUAAGGUCUGACAUGGAAAUGGACAGAUGGAAAGAGUGAAUGAGAAAAAGGGGAGUCUGUAUUUUAUGUGUCAGUGGCUGCUGAGUGCAGGAUGGUUCCUCUUAUAAUACAGUUGCAAAUUGGAACCAGGAAAAAGUCAUUAACAGAAUACCUGAUAAGAGUAAUUAACACUGGAUGAGAAAUCAGUUAUGUAACAUUUACAUUUACAUUUUAGUCAUUUAGCAGACGCUCUUAUCCAGAGCGACUUACAGGAGCAAUUAGGGUUAAGUGCCUUGCUCAAGGGCACAUUUACGUCAUUUAGCAGACGCUCUUAUCCAGAGCGACUACAAAUUGGUGCAUUCACCCUAUAGCCAGUGGGAUAACCACUUUACAAUUAUACAAUUAUAUUAUUUUGGGGGGGGGGGGGUAGAAGGAUUACUUUAUCCUAUCCCAGGUGUUCCUUAAAGAGGUGGGGUUUCAAAUGUCUCCGGAAGGUGGUGAGUGACUCCGCUGUCCUGGCGUCGUGAGGGAGCUUGUUCCACCAUUGGGGUGCCAGAGCAGCGAACAGCUUUGACUGGGCUGAGCGGGAACUAUGCUUCCGCAGAGGAAGGGGAGCCAGCAGGCCAGAGGUGGAUGAACGCAAUGCCCUCGCCUGGGUGUAGGGACUGAUCAGAGCCUGAAGGUACGGAGGUGCCGUUCCCCUCACUGCUCCAUAGGCAAGCACCAUGGUCUUGUAACGGAUGCGAGCUUCAACUGGAAGCCAGUGAAGUGUGCGGAGGAGGGGGGUGACGUGAGAGAACUUGGGAAGGUUGAACACCAGACGGGCUGCGGCAUUCUGGAUGAGUUGUAGGGGUUUAAUGGCACAGGCAGGGAGCCCAGCCAACAGCGAGUUGCAGUAAUCCAGACGGGAGAUGACAAGUGCCUGGAUUAGGACCUGUGCCGCUUCCUGUGUAAGGCAGGGUCGUACUCUCCGAAUGUUGUAGAGCAUGAACCUGCAGGAUCGGGUCACCGCCUUGAUGUUGGCGGAGAACGACAGGGUGUUGUCCAGGGUCACGCCAAGGCUCUUCGCACUCUGGGAGGAGGACACAACGGAGUUGUCAACCGUGAUGGCGAGAUCAUGGAACGGGCAGUCCUUCCCCGGGAGGAAGAGCAGCUCCGUCUUGCCAGGGUUCAGCUUGAGGUGGUGAUCCGUCAUCCAUACUGAUAUGUCGGCCAGACAUGCAGAGAUGCGAUUCGCCACCUGGUUAUCAGAAGGGGGAAAGGAGAAGAUUAGUUGUGUAUCGUCAGCGUAGCAAUGAUAGGAGAGGCCAUGUGAGGAUAUGACAGAGCCAAGUGACUUGGUGUAUAGGGAGAAAAGGAGAGGGCCUAGAACUGAGCCCUGGGGGACACCAGUGGUGAGCGCACGUGGUGCGGAGACAGCUUCUCGCCACGCCACUUGGUAGGAGCGACCGGUCAGGUAGGACGCAAUCCAGGAGUGAGCCGCACCGGAGAUGCCCAGCUCGGAGAGGGUGGAGAGGAGGAUCUGAUGGUUCACUGUAUCAAAGGCAGCAGACAGGUCUAGAAGGACAAGAGCAGAGGAGAGAGAGUUAGCUUUAGCAGUGCGGAGAGCCUCCGUGACACAGAGAAGAGCAGUCUCAGUUGAAUGACCAGUCCUGAAACCUGACUGGUUUGGAUCAAGAAGGUCAUUCUGAGAGAGAUAGCAAGAGAGUUGGCUAAAGACGGCACGCUCAAUAGUUUUGGAAAGAAAAGAAAGAAGGGAUACUGGUCUGUAGUUGUUGACAUCAGUGGGAUCGAGUGUUGGUUUUUUGAGAAGGUGUGCAACUCUCGCUCUCUUGAAGACGGAAGGGACAUGGCCAGUAACAGAGUGGCUGCAUCCAAAAUGGCAUCUUAUUCCCUCAGGCUCUUUCCAAAAGUUGUGCAUGAAACAGGGAAUAGGAUGCCAUUUAAUGAUAGCCAAGCCACAGGGGAAGUGACUCUACUCUAGUUUCAUUAAGCAUUGUUCCCUGUAGCUCAAUUGGUAGAGCAUGGCGCUUGUAACGCCAGGGUAGUGGGUUCGAUCCUGACUGUAAGUCGCUUUGGAUAAAAGUGUCUGCGAAAUGGCAUAUUAUAAACAGUGAUGACAAAUAACCAAUCAUUCCCAGAACAACCACAUCAGCAUAGUUUCAUUUCCCUCGUCACAUACUUUACAUUUCAGGUUGAAUAUAAGCAGCAAGGGUGAGAUCCCUGUGAAAUAUUACAUCUAGGGGAGUGUUUGUUUCUCAGCAGUCAGCACACACAUAUUCAGAAGUAAAGGAUCGAGAGAGAGAGAGGUGAAGGGUAAAGAUUAUUGGCCAGCCUGAGGUGGUCCUGGUUUGGUGUCUUUAUCUAUGUAUGGUGUUAUUGUGAUAAAUAAGGCAGUACUAUCGUGCCCUACUCUUCCUUAUGCUGUGAGAGGGAGAGACAGGCUGUCUGUCUCAGGUCAUACAAGACAGGGAAAACAGUGUCUGGAAAGGGGAAACAUGGAUAGAGGGAAGGAAAGAGUGAGAGAAAGAGAAGGAGGGACGAAGACGAAGAGUGUGUGUGAGAGAGAGAGAGAGAGAGAGGGGGCGAGUGUAAAAGAGAGGAGUGAGAGAAGAGUGUUGUCAUUGUUGUGUGUGCCCCCCUAGGCUAAUAUGCACAUUACUGCGACAUUAAGGACGACUGGGCCUUUAAUUGUUCGGCUCGCAACCAAAGUGGGCAAAAUAAAGUUAUAUUACCAUAGCAACUGUUAUACAUUGGAGAAAGAGGUCACAGCCUUUAUUUGUCAAUGUUGUUUAGCAAGAGUGAAACUGUUAGGGUGGAUCUCUUCUUACUGUGGCGCUAGCUACUGGAGCAGUGGAGUUAGCUACAGGCUGACGUGCUGCCUGGAUGUUUCCUAAGCAAGAUAAUCUCACACCCACACACACAUGCCAAUUUAUGCGGUGACUUUACUUCUCCUUUGUGCUUCUGCAAACAGUCUUUUAGAGAUAUUUUUUUGGGGGUUGGGGUAUAUCGCUACACAGUGCCAACAAUGGUUUCCAGCUCUGGGUGGACUAAAUAUAACCGAUACAUGUGUAUGAACACAUAAGCCAUCUCACAGGGGGCAAAAAUAAGUUGACAUUGUGUGGAAACUGGAAAAUCCUCACCAUUGACAUCUACAGUAUUUAAAAAGCUAUGGUUUGCGUGCGGGUGGGUAUCUCCACCUGGGAUUUUGGGCCAUAGUACAUAUGAGGGAGAGAUGGUCAUGGCUAGAAGGGAUAAAGCAUUUGUCAAAUUGUCCCCCAAUUUUUUGUGUGCAUUUUAGCUAACCCUAACCCAUUUCCUAACUUUUACCUAAUUCACCUAACCUGCUACGUAAGUUAUCCUAACCUGCUAGAUUGUAGGAUCCUUGGAUCCUCUUCCUGUUGAUAAUGUGAUGAUGCAUUUCCUGUUUCCUGUCUGUCUGUCUCAGUGUGACCACUACAGGAGAGGCAUUAUCUCAGGGUCGUCCUGCAAGGCCCUGUGUGAGGAGAGGAGCCUGACCCUGCAGCGAUGCAAGUCCACCUCCUCCACACACCAAGUAGGUAACACAUACACACACACACCAGUGGAGGCUCAUAAUAAUGGCUGGAAUGGAGUUUAAUGGAUGGAAUGGAGUCAAACCCAUGAAAACCAUGUUUUUGAUACCAUUCCAAUACUCCAUUCCAGACAUUAUUAUGAGCUGUUUUCCACUCAGCAGCCUCCAUUGUCACACACACAUCAGGUAAUAGGAAUGCACACACACUCUAUCUCUAUGUAAUGUGUAUUUACCUGUGGUUCCAGAUGUACAGUGGUCUGUGGAAGGACAGGCCUGUGGUGAUAAAGUGUGGUCUGGAAGAGCCUCUGAAGGGGGACGGGGCUCCUGACUCUGUACUGAGACAGGAAAUGACCCUGUUUGACAAGCCCACCCGCGGGACCUCCAUGGAUGAGUUCAGAGAGAUGUUGCACAGCUUUCUCAAGGUCUGGCUGCCCAUUUCACUUCCUCUCUGUCCUCACAGUUAGAUUAGAUCUUUCCACAAUAUACAUGUUGGUUGUUUAGCAACAAAACCUUGGCUUGCGCAACUAUGGGGCAAAACAGACGGGGUUGGCUUAGAUAGAAGCUAUAUUUCGUGACCAAUGUUUAUUGAAAACUUAAAUAGAUUUGUACAAUGAGUACUUGUCUUUCAAAUAAAUCGUUACAGUUGUUGGUGAGCUAGCUAGCGAAUUUGAACCAUAUUAGCAUUGACAUGAAAUCAGUCAAAACACCUCAAAACAAGACAUGGUAUCAAUAACAAGAUGAAACGAGCAAUUUACGAUUCCCCACAUGGCAGUUUCUUGUCAUUUUUGCUAGCAAUCUGGCCAUCCAGAAUCACAACAACAGGCUGACAUCUGCCCCAUGGAAGCGCGCACAAAAUGUAUGCACUCACUAACUGUAAGUCGCUCUGGAUAAGAGAGUCUGCUAAAUGACUAAAAAUGUAAAAAGAAAUGUAUGGAACGCCGUUUGUGUCUCUGCGUGUCAAAAAAGAUACACGUCAGAUAACAAUAUUUGAUGUGUCAAAUAAGCUUGUUGACCAAUCAGGACCUGAAUAUGACUGCACGUCACAUAACAAUUUAACACAUUCAAACAAAUUUUACGUAGUUAUUACACUAUCACUCGUAUUUCAUAUGUCACAACGACUCAUCGAUACGUAUUCUAUGACGCUGGUAAAGUUUUGUCUCGCGCACCUGCCCUUCCCGAGCUUUGGACAGUGCUGGUCAUAAAAAAAGCUAGCUAACGUUAGCUGAUGGAUGCAAACAAUGUUCUUCCCCAAAAACAUAGCAAAACGACAUAAUCUGUUUCAGUAGCUAUAGUUAGCUAGCUAACUAUCUAGCUAGGUGUCAAUAUAACUUUUCUUAUUUGAUUAAUGGUGGUUGGGACCCACCUAUGUGAAGCUAGCCACAAUAAGGAUUAGCCACAAUAGUGGAAUUUGCAGUUAGCCUUCAAAAUAAAAGUAUGUCAUUGACAUUUAAGUCAUUUAGCAGACGCUCUUAUCCAGAGCGACUUAUAGUUAAGUGAGUGCAUACAUUUUCAUACUGACCCCCUGUGGGAAUCAAACCCACAACCCUGGCGUUGCAAACGCCAUGCUCUACCAACUGAGCUACAUCCCUGCCGGCCAUGCCCUCCCCUACCCUGGAUUGUGCUAAUUGUGCGCCGCCCCAUGGGUCUCCCGGUCGCGGCCGGCUACGACAGAGUCUGGAUUCGAACCAGGAUCUCUAGUGGCACAGCUAGCACUGCGAUGCAGUGCCUUAGACCACUGCGCCACUCGGGAGACUUACUCACAUCGACGGUGAUGCGAAUGAAUACAAAUAGUGGAAUUAUGCCAUGGAUCAUGCUAAACGAUGUUGGAUUGUUGCAAUUUAACACAACCCCUCUGAGAGAGAGAGAGAGAGAGAGAGAGACUGACUGACUGACUGACUGACUGACUGACUGACAGACAGACACUCUCUCUCUCUCUCUCUUGAAGGCCGGUGCCAAAUACACUGCUCCAAAAAAUAAAGGGAACACUUAAACAACACAUCCUAGAUCUCAAUGAAUGAACUAAUCUUAUUAAGUAAUUUUUUCUUUACAUAGUUUAAUGUGCUGACAACAAAAUCACACAAAAAUUAUCAAUGGAAAUCAAAUGUAUCAACCCAUGGAGGUCUGGAUUUGGAGUCACCCUCAAAAUUAAAGUGGAAAACCACACUACAGGCUGAUCCAACUUUGAUGUAAUGUCCUUAAAACAAGUCAGAAUAAGGCUCAGUAGUGUGUGUGGCCUCCACGUGCCUGUAUGACCUCCCUACAACGCCUGGGCAUGCUCCUGAUGAGGUGGCGGAUGGUCUCCUGAGGGAUCUCCUCCCAGACCUGGACUAAAGCAUCCGCCAACUCCUGGACAGUCUGUGGUGCAACGUGGCGUUGGUGGAUGGAGCGAGACAUGAUGUCCCAGAUGUGCUCAAUUGGAUUCAGGUCGGGGGAACGGGCGGUCCAUAGCAUCAAUGCCUUACUCUUGCAGGAACUGCUGACACACUCCGGCCACAUGAGGUCUAGCAUUGUCUUGCAUUAGGAGGAACCCAGGGCCAACCGCACCAGCAUAUGGUCUCACAAGGGGUCUGAGGAUCUCAUCUCGGUACCUAAUGGCAGUCAGGCUACCUCUGGCGAUCACAUGGAGGGCUGUGCGGCCCCCCAAAGAAAUGCCAUCCCACACCAUGACUGACCCACCGCCAAACCGGUCAUGCUGGAGGAUGUUGCAGGCAGCAGAACGUUCUCCACGGCGUCUCCAGACUCUGUCACGUCUGUCACAUGUGCUCAGUGUGAACCUGCUUUCAUCUGUGAAGAGCACAGGGCGCCAGUGGCGAAUUUGCCAAUCUUGGUGUUCUCUGGCAAAUGCCAAACGUCCUGCACGGUGUUGGGCUGUAAGCACAACCCCCACCUGUGGAUGUCGGGCCCUCAUACCACCCUCAUGGAGUCUGUUUCUGACCGUUUGAGCAGACACAUGCACAUUUGUGGCCUGCUGGAGGUCAUUUUGCAGGGCUCUGGCAGUGCUCCUCUUGCUCCUCCUUGCACAAAGGCGGAGGUAGCGGUCCUGCUGCUGGGUUGUUGCCCUCCUACGGCCUCCUCCACGUCUCCUGAUGUACUGGCCUGUCUCCUGGUAGCGCCUCCAUGCUCUGGACACUACGCUGACAGACACAGCAAACCUUCUUGCCACAGCUCGCAUUGAUGUGCCAUCCUGGAUGAGCUGCACUACCUGAGCCACUUGUGUGGGUUGUAGACUCCGUCUCAUGCUACCACUAGAGUGAAAGCACCGCCAGCAUUCAAAAGUGACCAAAACAUCAGCCAGGAAGCAUAGGAACUGAGAAGUGGUUUGUGGUCACCACCUGCAGAACCACUUCUGUAUUGGGGGUGUCUUGCUAAUUGCCUAUAAUUUCCACCUGUUGUCUAUUCCAUUUGCACAACAGCAUGUGACAUUUAUUGUCAAUCAGUGUUGCUUCCUAAGUGGACAGUUUGAUUUCACAGAAGUGUGAUUGACUUGGAGUUACAUUGUGUUGUUUAAGUGUUCCCUUUAUUUUUUUGAGCAGUGUAUAACCCAACACGUCAUUGUCAGUACAAUGGCUCCACUCUCAGCCUAAUAGAGACAGGCUGAGAGUGGGGAAGGGAAUCAUAUUAGUGUCGCUCCCUGACAAUUAUCUAAUGGAAGUUGUAUGGAAGAAAUCUAGCACAUUUCAAUCAUGCCACACAGUCUUGUUUUUAUUACAGUGUGUACGACUAACUGAACUGAACUGUUGAAUUGUUUUUGUUUGUCUAUUUGUGUUCUUUAAAUAGCAUUCAGUGGCCAGCUUAUUAGGUACACCAAGUUUCACCAUCCAAUGGUUUCACGAAAAUGGUUUGCCCCUACAGACCGUAGCUAUGUUUCCAUUAACUUGUCCAGUGAUUUUUUUGUCAACAUGUAGAACAUUUGAAUAGAAAAUAAAUGUGACAAUUGCCUGCUAGGUUGCGUUUCCAUUUAACUAUCUUCUGUCGAUAAAAACAGCUGGAUGUAAUGACGUCACACCUAAACAAAACAAAAACCUAGUGUCGAAUAAAAAUGUAGUGGUUGAAGUGUUACCAUUACCAAUUUAGGCAAAUUGCGCUUUAGUAAAUUGGCGACAGUUGUAUGCUCUCCCACCUAUCUGUUUCAUGUCUCAGGUAGCCUGCGAAAGCCAGCAUGCAAUAAUUGACUAAUAUUUGCAACAUUCUAAUAAUUCUCAUGUGCCUAACGUAUCGCCACGGAUCGGCUGCCAAGGCUAGUCCGUGCCAUGGUGAAACGUGCACUCCUGUAGAGUUGAAAUAAUUGGAUGGUGAAACUUGCCAGCCAACCAGAAAAGCAAGGUGAAGCAAUUCAGGCAUUCUUGAAAGUCAGGACAAUCUUUGUCCUGCAAAGAAACAUUAUUUUUAUAGUUGAAAAAAAUAGUUUUGCAAGCAGUAGGCAUUUAGAAUUAAUUAUGGAGUGGAGCUUAUAGUGAAGUGAUGACAUAACGUGCCCCGCGUACCUUCAAAAGUAUUCGGCAAGCAUCAUUUAUUAGAGAAACAGUUUCCAUCAUCAUUUGUCGCUAUAAAGAAAGUUAGACAAAAUAAAAAUCCACCCGUCGAACGGAUAAAAAUGUUGUCGAUCUUUAAAAAAAAAUCAUCCUAUAUCUGCCGUUUCCAUUAUUAAUUUUUUUUGCGUCAUUGCUUUUGUCGAAUAAACCUGGGUCAAUGGAAACUACCUAUUGAGUCACGUGGCCGUGGCUUGCUAUAUAAACCAGGCAGACGGGCAUCCAUUCAAAUUAGUGGAUUUGGCUAUUUCAGCCACACCCGUUGCUGACAGGUGUAUAAAAUCAAGCACAUUUCCAUAGACAAACACUGGCAGUAGAUUGGCCUUACUGACGAGCUCAGUGACUUUCAACGUGGCACCGUCAUAGGAUGCCACCUUUCCAACAAGUCAGUUCGUCAAAUUUCUGCCCAGCUAGAGCUGCCCCGGUCAACUGUAAGUGCUAUUUUUUGUGAAGUGGAAACAUCUAGGAGCAACAAUGGCUCAACUGCGAAAUGGUAGGCCACACAAGCUCACAGAACGGAACCGCCGAGUGCUGAAACGCGUAGCUCGUAAAAAUCGUCUGUCCUCGGUUGCAACACUCACUACCGAGUUCCAAACUGCCUCUGGAAGCAACAUCAGCACAAUAACUAUUCGUCAGGAGUUUCCAUGGCCGAGCAGCCGCACACAAGCCUAAGAUCGCCCUGCAUAAUGCCAAGUGUUGGCUGGAGUGGUGUAAAGCUCACCACCAUUGGGCUCUGGAGCAGUGGAAACGCAUUCUCUGGAGUGAUGAAUCACGCUUCACCAUCUGGCAGUCCGAUGGACGAAUCUGGGUUUGGCGGAAGCCAGGAGAACGCUACCCGCCCCAAUGCAUAGUGCCAACAGUAAUGUUUGGUGGAGGAGGAAACAUUUUCUGGGGCUGUUUUUCAUUGGUUCGGGCUAGGCCCCUUAGUUCCAGUGAAGGGAAAUCUUAACGCAAAACCAUACAAUUACAUUCUAGACGAUUCUGUGCUUCCAACUUUGUGGCAACAGUUUGGGGAAGGCCCUUUCCUGUUUCAGCAUGACAAUGCCCCCGUGCACAAAGCGAGGCACAUACAGAAAUGGUUUGUUGAGAUGGGUGUGGAAGAACUUGACUGGCCUGCACAGAGCCCUGACCUCAACCCCAUCUAACACAUUUGGAAUGAAUUGGAAAGCCAACUGUGAGCCAGGCCUAAUUACCCAACAUCAGUGCCCCGACCUCACUAAUGCUCAUGUGGCUGAAUGGAAGCAAGUCCCCAUAGCAAAUGUUCCAACAUCUAGUGGAAAGCCUUCCCAGAAGAGUGGAGGCUGUUAUAGCAGCAAAGGGGGGAAUAUUUAAUGCCCAUGAUUUUGGAAUGAGAUGAACCAAAAUUGUGUAUAAACUAUUAUACCAGAGAUUUUGCAAUGAUUCCUAUGUCGAAGAUGUGAAAAAUAUUUGUUGGUCUGAUGUGUCUAAUGAGGAACAUCCGUACGCUGCACUUGAAGCAUUUAUGAAACCGCUUCUUCCGGUUACUGAUAGUUUCUUGAUGGGUGCAUGCCUGACUGUUAGAACUGCCAAAUCCCCAUGGAUAAAUGAUGAAUUUAAAAACUGUAUGGCUGAGAGGAAUGAGGCAAAGGGAAUAGCAAAUAGGUCUGACAACACAGCAGACUGGCAAACAUACAGUCAAUUGAGAAAUCACGGAACUAAACAAAAAGAAGAAGAAACUAUACUAUGGAACAAAGAUAAAUUAUAUAAAGAAUGAUAGUAAAAAUCUCUGGAGUACUGUAAAUGAAAUUCUAGGCAAAAAAGCGAACUCAGCUCCAUCCUUCAUUGAGGCAGAUGGCUUGUUCAUAACAAAACCCUUUGAUAUUGCCAACCACUUUAAUAACUUUUUUGUUGACAAGAUUAGCAAACUCAGGCAUGACAUGCAAACAACACAUGCUGAGCCUUAAUAUUCAUGCAUAAUGGACCAUAUAAUGAAAGACAAGCACUGUCGUAUAAUGAAAGACAAGCACUACGAAACCCCUACCUGUCCCAGACCUGCUGUUUUCAACUCUAAAUGAUCGGCUAUGAAAAGCCAACUGAGAGACCUGAGCCCUAGGACCAUACGUCGGGACUACCGGCCGUGGUGACUCCUUGCUAUCCCCAGUCCGCCUGGCCUUGCUGCUAUUCCAGUUUAAACUGUUCUGCCUGCGGUUAUGGAACCCCUACCUGUCCCAGACCUGCUGUUUUAAACUCUAAUGAUCGGCUAUGAAAAGCCAACUGAGAUUUAUUCCUGAUUAUUAUUUGACCAUGCUUGUCACUUAUGAACAUUUUUGAACAUCUUGGCAUGGUUCUGUUAUAAUCUCCACCCGGCACAGCCAGAAGAGGACUGGCCACCCCUCAUAGCCUGGUUCCUCUCUAGGUUUCUUCCUAGGUUUUGCCUUUCUAGGGAGUUUUUCCUAGCCACCGUGCUUCUACACCUGCAUUACUAGCUGUUUGGGGUUUUAGGCUGGGUUUCUGUACAGCACUUCGAGAUAUUAGCUGAUGUAAGAAGGGCUAUAUAAAAUAAAAUUGAUUGAUUGAUUGUCGUUUUGAGUUCCACCAAGGUAAAUUGCUGAGGUUGGUAGCAGAAUACAUUGUGACUCCUGUUUGCCACAUCUUCAAUUUAAGCCUAGAAGGUGUGUGCCCUCAGACAUGGAGGGAGGCAAAGGUCAAUCCGCUACCCAAGAAUAGCAGAGCACCCUUUAAUGGUUCAAACAGCCGACCUAUCAGCCUGUUACAAGUGCUUAGCAAACUGGAAAAAAUUGUGUUUUAUCAAAUACAAUGUUAUUUUACAUUAAACAAAUUAACAACAGACUUUCAGCGUGCUUAUAGGGAAGGGCACUCAACAUACUCGGCACUGACACAAAUGACUGAUGAUUGGCUGAAAGAAAUUGAUAGUAAGAUUGUGGGAGCUGUUUUGUUAGACUUCAGUGCAGCUUUUGACACUCAUUGAUCAUAACCUAUUGCUGAAAAAACGUAUGUUUUAUGGAUUUGCAUCCUCUGCUUAUUAUGGAUUGAGAGUUACCUAUCUAAUAGAACACAGAGGGUUUCCUAGCAGCCUGCUAGGGCCAUUAUUGUUUUUUGUUUUUACAAAUGACCUUCCACUGACCUUGAAUAAAGCCUGUGUGUCUAUGUACGCUGAUGACUCAACAGUAUACACGUCGGCUGCAACAGUAACAUAGAGUUCCAGUCAGUUUUAGAAUGGGUAACUAGCAAAAGGCCGGUGCUAAAUUUCUCAAACUAAAAAGCAUAAUCUUUGGGACAAAUCACUCGUGCAACGCUAAACCUCAUUUAGAUCUAUUAUUGAAUAAUGUGGCUAUUGAGCAUGUUGAGGAGACUAACCUGCUGGGUGUAACCCUAGAUAGCAAGCUGUCAUGGUCAAAACAUAUAGAGUAAAUGGUUGCUAAAAUGGGAAGAGGUCUGUCCAUGAUAGGGCGUUGCUCUGCCUUCUUCACAUCUCUGUCGACCUACAGUCCCUAGUUUUUUCGCACCAGGACUACUGCCCAGUUGUGUGGUCAUGUGCGGCAAAUAAAUAUUUGUAUAUAUCUUGUAUUGUAAUUUGCACUGUACUAUGGAUGAGACCUAUAUAUUGUGUGUAUGUACUGAUAUGUAGGCUGUGUGCCGUUUUACAUUUACAGUGCAUUCGGAAAGUAUUCAGACCCCUUCCAUUUUUCCACAUUUUGUUACAUUAGCCUUAUUCUAAAAUGGAUUUAAUUUAAAAAAUGUCCUGAUCAAUCUACACACAAUACCCCAUAAUGACAAAGCGAAAACAGGUUUUUAAACAUUUUGCAAAUGUAUUAAAAAUAGAAACACACUUAUUUACGUAAGUAUUCAGACCCUUUGCUAUGAGACUCGAAAUUGAGCUCAGGUGCAUCCUGUUUCCAUUGAUCAUCCUUGAGAUGUUUCUACAACUUGAUUGGAGUCCACCUGUGGUAAAUUCAACUGAUUGGACAUGAUUUGGAAAGGCACACACCUGUCUAUAUAAGGUCCCACAGUUGACAGUGCAUGUCAGAGCAAAAAUCAAGCCAUGAGCUUGAAGGAAUUGUCCGUAGAACUCCGAGACAGGAUUGUGUCGAGGCAGAGAUCAGGGGUACCAAAAAGAUUUGGCAGCAUUGAAGGUCCCCAAGAACACAGUGGCCUCCAUCAUUCUUAAAUGGAACAAGUUUGGAACCACCGAGAUUCUUCCUAGAGCUGGCCGGCCGGCCAAACUGAGCAAUCUGGGGAGAAGGGCCUUGGUCAGGGAGGUGACCAAGAACCCGAUGGUCACUCUGACAGAGCUCCAGAGUUCCUCUGUGGAGAUGGGAGAACCUUCCAGAAGGACAACCAUCUGUGCAGCACCACCAAUCAGGCCUUUAUGGUAGAGUGGCCAGACGGAAGCCACUCCUCAGUAAAAGGCACGACAGCCCGCUUGGAGUUUGCCGAAAGUCUCCUAAAGGACUCUCAGACCAUGAGAAACAAGAUUCUCUGGUCUGAUUAAAUCAAGAUUGAACUCUUUGGCCUGAAUGCCAAGCAUCACUUCUGGAGGAAACCUAGCACCAUCCUUACGGUGAAGCAUGGUGGUGGCAGCAUCAUGCUGUGGGGAUGUUUUGCAGCAGCAGGGACUGAGAGACUAGUCAGUAUCGAGGGAAAUAUGAACGGAGCAAAAUACAGAGAGAUCCUUGAUGAAUAACUGCUCUAGAGCGCUCAGGACCUCAGACUGGGGCAAAGGCUCACCUUCCAACAGGACAACGACCCUAAGCACACAGCCAAGACAAUGCAGGAGUGGCUUCGGGACAAGUCUCUGAAUGUCCUUGAGUUGCCCAGCCAGAGCCCGGAUUUGAACCCGAUCUAACAUCUCUGGAGAGAUUUGAAAAUAGCUGUGCAGCGACGCUCCCCAUCCAACCUGACAGAGCUUGAGAGGAUCUGCAGAGAAGAAUUGGAGAAACUCCCCAAAUACAGGUGUGCCAAGCUUGUAGCGUCAUACCCAAGAAGACUUGAGGCUGUAAUCGCUGCCAAAGGUGCUUCAACAAAGUACUGAGUAAAUGGUCUGAAUACUUACAGUAUGUAAAUGUGAUAUUUGGGGGGGGGGGGGGGGGGGGGGUUUAAAUAUAAAUUGUGUGUAGCUUGAUGAGAAGAAAAAAAGUUUAUUCAAUUUUAGAAUAAGGCUGUAACGUAACAAAAUUUGGAAAACGUCAAGGGGUUUGAAUACUUUCCGAAUGCACUGUAUUUCAGUCCUUGACUAAUAAUGUUCUGUACUAUGUAUUAUGUAAUGUUUCAUAUGGACCCCAGGAAGAGUAGCUGAUACUUCUGCAGUGGCUAAUGGGGAUCCUAAUAAAUACCGAAUACCAACGUAUCUGUGACCGACAGAUGCAUAUCUGUAUUUCCAGUCAUGUGAAAUCCAUAGAUUUUUUUUCAAUUGUCUGAUAUCUGUAUAUGAAUUGAAACUCAGUAAAAUCUUUGAAAUUGUUGCAUGUUGCAUUUAUAUUUCAACUUUUCUUCUAGUCUUAGCUUGCUGAUAUUUACUCCUGGUUGCUUAGUGGACAAAAACUGUAACAUUAGCUUGCAAAGUUUGAACAUCGCGGUCACCUGUACAUAUCAGUUCCUCACUUCAUCAUCUUCUCUCUGUCCUCCCUGCAGUCUAACCUGGGAGAGCAGCCUUCUCUCACCACCUUGGUGGGCCGUGUGAUCAUCCUGGCCGAUGUCAACAAGGAUGGCAAGGUGUCCCUGGCGGAAGCCAAGUCUGUGUGGGCUCUCCUCCAGAUCAACGAGUUCCUUCUGAUGGUAGCCCUGCAGGAGAAGGAGCAUACCCCCAAACUGCUGGGCUUCUGCGGGGACCUGUACGUGACUGAGCACGUGGGCCACAGGUGAGGACCACUUUGGAAAUGAGGGUUUUAAUUAAAGAACGACUGUACUGGCUGAUAUUAAUUGGUUUUGUCCUCGUAAUUUUCAAGAAAUGCCACUGCAAACAAGACUAUACUCUGGGCAUAAAUGCACAUCUUGUUGGUGUAUGUAUUAUUUUUUACCUAGAAAUAACAUUCCAUUCAAUCUACAGCUCCCUCUACAGACUGGAGGUGCCCAGCUACCUGCAGGCAUUAGUCCCGGAGGCCCUGAGCUCCAGCCUGAACCAGUGGUUGGCCCCGGCGUGGCCCCGGAGGGCCCGCAUCACCAUCGGCCUGCUGGAGUUCGUAGAGGAGGUAAAGAUAAGAUUAUGGGAAGAGCCAUAGAGAUAGAUGACUCAACUUUGUACAUGUGCCAUUAUAGCGCCUGUGACAGCAUGGGCAACGCCAUUGAGGCCAUCUCCAUUUUAAAGUAGUCAAUUUUCUUCACGAUUGGCUGAUCCCUCCUGAUGACCUGGUUGAACAUGACUCCAACAGGGUCACUAGGAGGGAUCAGCCAAUGAAGUUGGAAGUCCCACCCAGUUGAGUACUUUAAAAUGGUGGAAGCCCUCAAUGGCGCUGCCCAUGCUAAUAUGACCUUUUGGCCACUAGAGGCCUCUAUCAUUCUCUGAUUAUCCCCAUUAGGACAUUUUGGUUGCGGCUCUGUGAAUACAUAACACAUAUCAAGCAUAGACAAAGGACAGACAAUUACAGAAUAAAUACAAUCAUAGGGAAUAGAAAAAGUGUAGUUGAUGUCUGAUUCAUAAUGAUCUGUACACUAAACAUCUGUACCCCAUCAACUACAAAAACAGGUGUUCCACGGGGCCUACGGCAGCUUCCUGAUGUGUGACGCCAGCCCGCGCCACGUGGGGUACAACUUCAAGUAUGACUGCAAGAUGGCAGACCUGCGCAGCGUGGCAUCCGAGAUGGCGGUCCGCGGGUUCCUGCGGGGGCGUCGCUGCGAGACCAACGCUGACUGCACCUUCGGGCGUGACUGCACUGCCACCUGCGAUCGGUUGGUGAAGCAGUGUAACACAGAGGUGGUCCAGCCCAACCUGGCCAAGGUGUGUGUGCUGCUACAGGACUAUCUGCUGUCCGGGGCACCCCAGGACCUCCGCAUAGACCUGGAGAAGCAGCUCCGUACCUGUGUGACGCUCAGCGGCCUGGCCAGCCAAAUGGAGGUGCACCACUCGCUGGUCCUCAACAACCUCAAGACCCUGCUAUGGAAGACCAUCUCCAACACACAGUACUCCUGA